CUCAUAAGGCCCCUGUAAUUUCUCACUGCAUAAACCCUAGGAAUAUUUCCAGUUUCCUUAAGUUGCAGCUGCUAGUUGGUGGAUGAGUGUUCGAAAUCUUUUUCAAAACUUUAGCUGGUGGGAUUAGCUCUUCAAACUUAGCAAUGUUGGACGAAAGCAAGUUUGACGUUGACCUGAAACUAUGGGCACUUAGAAUACCGCGCGAGCUGUGUAAGGUUGCCUCCCGAUUACUGAACGGAUAUAUUCUUGACAAGGCCCGUGUUAAACCAAUUACUGAAGACCCAACUUGUGAACAAAACCGUUACUUGAUAUUAUCGGAAAGGGUUCAAAAUUCUGAUUUAUCUGAUAUUCCUGAUUCAAAGCUUGAAGAACUCAGUAAGUUAUGCAAGAUUGAAGUAGUACCGUAUUCCAUGACACUUGGAUAUUCCUACUGGGACGCAGAUUAUGUAUUGAAGCAGAUUCUGCCCCGUGGUGUGGAGGUACCCACAUCUUUUGAAACCAUAGGUCACAUUGCCCAUCUUAAUAUUCACGAUGAAUUACUUCCUUUCAAGGAUGUUAUUGCGAAAGUCAUUUAUGAUAAAAAUUAUCCAAGAAUCAGAACUGUUGUUAAUAAAGUUGGAACUAUUACCAAUGAGUUUCGAGUACCAAAAUUUGAAAUUUUAGCUGGAGAAAAUAAUAUGGUUACAGAAGUGAAGCAGUAUGGGGCAACGUUCAAGCUAGAUUACAGUUUGGUCUAUUGGAAUUCAAGAUUGGAACAUGAACACCUUAGACUUGUGUCUCAGUUUCAGCCUGGGGAGACCAUAUGUGACAUGUUUGCUGGUAUUGGCCCUUUUGCUAUUCCAGCAGCACAGAAAGGAUGCAUUGUGUUUGCAAAUGAUUUAAAUCCAGUUAGCAUUCACUAUUUGAAGAUUAAUGCAACAGUCAACAAGGUUGAUGAUUUUGUUUGUGCAUAUAAUAUGGAUGCAAGGAAAUUUAUAUCUCAAAUGAUAGUAGCACCAGUGGGCAAAAUUAAUUUAGAAUCUGAUGUUUCCUUGCUCAAAGCUUCAAACAACUGUGGCAUACAGGCUAAUGAUGAAACAAGUGCCAAAAUUGCUGAGCUUGGAGUUGAGGUUAAAGAAGUACCUGGUAUUGUUAAAAAUGAUCUGGAGGGUGUAGAAAAGUAUUGUAGGAAGUCAGAUACACCUGGUACUGCAGCUAAGAGACCUUCUGAUGGUUGCUUGGAAGAAACUGGAAAUGACAAGAGUGCUUCUGUGCCUAUUGCUGGUGGGAGGAAAGGAAAGAAAAAUAAGAGGAUGAGAGGCUCUGAGUUGCCUAAUGCUAAGACAUGGGAGCAUGUUGAUCAUGUAAUAAUGAACCUUCCUGCUUCUGCUCUAAACUUUCUAGAUGCAUUUAAGGGCCUCAUCCAGAGGAAAUAUUGGAAAGGAUCUCUUCCUUGGAUUCAUUGCUAUUGUUUUAUGCGGGCAAAUGAAACUGAAGAAUUGAUAAUUUCAGAGGCAGAAUCUGCCUUAAAUGCCUCCAUAAAAGACCAUAUAUUUCAUAAGGUUAGGAAUGUUGCUCCAAACAAGGCGAUGUAUUGCUUGAGUUUUAGGCUGCCGGAAGCAUGCUUCAAUGAAGAUGCCACUCGUGAUCUUCAUUCUUCUGGUGAAGAAAUAGCCCCAGUUUGAACUCAAUUUUGAUUUGCCAUCAAUUUGGAGAGCUUGUUCUUAGUUUUGACAUAUUUCGUCGGUAACAUGGCACUGGUGCUUCCUGCUAUUUUUAACUAUGCAGAAUGGAAGCUUUAAAAGGAAUUGAUAGUACUUAAGCUGAUUUGAAUGUAACAUGAAUCUGAUUUAUAUCUUUUUAAAAAAAGUUUUUCCUUUAUUGUUU